AAGAAGAAGAGGAGGAGGAGGAGGAGGAGGAAGAAGAAGUUAUUCAUUAUAAGAUUUAUCCCUUUAAUCAUUUUAUUAAAUAUUACUGAUUUCCAACAGCGGCGCUUCAGUGGGACGCAGACCGGAAGUGUUAGCCUGGCUAGCUGUAUGCUAGCUGUGUGGAUGUGUGCAGCUAGCUGGAAGACGAUGGUGUCGUCGUGUCGCAGAUAAAUGUUCGAGCGCUGAUGAAGCAACGAUGUCUUCAGUUCAGUGUCUGAGAGACUUUGUCCACGAGCGACUAACUGCUGCUGCUGAAGAGAUAUUCAGAGUGUUCGAACAAACUGUCCUCGAGUACGAGGAAGAGAUCGAUCGACAGAGAAGACUGUUGGACAUCGCGUGGAAACCGGAGAUAAAGCUCCACAGGACAGUUUCAGAGCUCCGUCCUCCAGAGCUUCCAGAGCAACACGUCUGUAAGGAGGAGGAGCUUCUCACUGACCAGGAGAGGAACCCCAGUCUGGACCAAGAGGAUCCAGAGCCUCCACAGAUCAAAGAGGAGCAGGAGGAGGUCUGCACCAGUCAGGAGGGAGAGCAGCUUGUCCUGAAGCAGGAGGACGACACCUUCAUGUUGACGUCUCCUUAUGAGGGAAGUGAUCACAGUGAACCAGAACCAACCAGUGAGGAGCAGCUCCUCUCCCACAUCUCUCCUGGAGCUGAGAGCCGAGCUCAGAGAGGAGUUGAGCAUGUGGACCCAGGACCGACUGGAGAUGAAGAGUCCCAGAGGAACAACUCCCCCCCGAUACAGAGUCCCUGCAGCACUCACACAGGGAGAAGAGCUUCAGCUUGUGACACUUGUGGAAAAGCUUUCCGCAGUAACUCUGACUUGAAACGACACAUGAGGAUCCACACAGGUGAGCGGCCCUUCUCCUGUGAAAUAUGUGGGAAUAUUUUUAUUCAGAAAACCAACUUGCAACAGCACAUGAGGAUCCACACGGGUGAGAAGCCGUACCUCUGCAAGAGAUGCGGGAAAAGGUUUAGACAAAAUUCAGCGUAUAGAAUUCACGAAAGAAUCCACACGGGUGAGAAGCCGUACACCUGUGACGUCUGUCGGAGGAGAUUCAGUCAGACCUCCCACCUGAAGAGUCACAUGAGGAUUCAUUCAGAUAGGAGUCCCGUGUUCCCUCCCUUCUGACCCGUGUUCUCCUCCCCUCCUGAGGGACGAGCUGCCUUCACCGGAUGCUUACAUCAUCACACUGUCAUGCAACUAAAUGUAUAUUAUAUAUUAUUUAAUAUAAUAUGAACAUUUCAUAACAGAUACUUUAAGUCUCUGCCUGAGGACGAACACUGGGCUGCAAACGUUUGGACGUUCUUACGUUCAUGUAUUUUUCUGCAUAAAAGUAUAAAUAAAUGAAUGUUGAAAUAUGAAGUAUGAAUAAUGUUUGUAUUUUUUUAAAGAAAUCACUUCCUAAUGAUGUUUCGUGCUUUAACAAAAAGUCUCUUCUCCUCCGGCUGUUUGACACGUAUGAGUAACUGACGUGUAGUUGGUGGUUGGAUGUUCUUCAGUGUUGACUGAGGGACGUUUUUCAGACUUGUCUUCACUAAGCGAAGUGAGGAUGAGUCUCUGAGGAUCUGAUGAAGAUCUGAUGAAGGUCUUUCAUCAGUUCUGACAUGAAGUCUGAAGAAAACGUGUUAAAGCCCGACCGGUGAUAUAUUAUUGACGUAUCACAGAUGAGUCAGAAUCAACUAAUAAACAGAUUUUACUCCCACAUGUUGUGACACUGUAAAAUGUUCCACAUCUUAAAAACCAUGAAGAUGUUUGUGAUGUUUCUUCAUUAAACUGAUACAAAUAAAUAUUGGAGAACGA